CUGCUUUCUGGCGCACGCUCGCUCCUUGACGACGAGAUCAACUGAGGUGAUGACUUUGCUGUUGGCAAUGGUGGAUUAUCAAAUGGUAUUCGCUGGCAGCAAUGGCUGUUAAAAAAUGACUGAAUGUGAACCAAGGAUCAUUGAUGUGGAUGAUCCAAUUAACUUCACUGGUAUUUUCUCUGAAGAAAGUGAGCAUAUGUCGAUAUCUUCAGAUAGCUUGUCUUCUUCUAUCCUAAGCUCUGAUGGGUCGCAAGAUGUUACGCGGUGCGAUAGCUUUAGACUCUCACUGCAAAGUCAAUUCUCCUCAAUGCCAUUGUCGACAAUCCCCCUUGUUUCUUUAGACAAGGGAGAUAUUUCUGAGGGAAAAUAUGAGGAGGGACUACAAGCAGGUGUCGUCGGAGAUGAAGGGAAAGAGAUUUCAGUUGCCUGUCAAGAGGGUUGCAAUUGUUACCAAAUUGAGAAUUCAGUGGGCAGCAGUAUAAGUUCAGAUACAUCAUCAUGGGAUUUUGAAAGAAUUGACAUUUGCAUAUCUUCGUUGAAUCUGGAGAGGGAGGAUUCUGAGUUUGUACAGGGUGGAGAAACAGCACUCGACAUCUUUGAUUCUGUUCUUCUCAGCCCUUCUUUCAGCGCCUUAAGUGCUGUGAGAGACUUUAAAACUUGGCCGUCGAGUAGACCCUUAGCAUCUGUUGGUCAAGAGGAUGAAGUCAGUUCGACAAGUACUGAUUCAGAUGAACCACUUUUUUGGCCACUCGAUCACAGCUUGUACUACUUCCUGGACUUUGAGAAGUUCCUAUGCCCAUCUCCCUGUGGCAAGGAAGAUAAAAAUGUCACGACUGCAAGAAUUCCCUUGUCAAAGCUGGCUAAGUUGGGAAUCCAUCAGAACAGUCCACAAGCCAACAAGAAGGAUGAUCGAGGAUUUAGAAGAAGGAUCCCACUGAAUUCUGCUACUAAAUGUGAUUCAAAAGUUCGGGGCAAUGGAGCUCCAAAGACUACUUCGAUGCCGUCUAUGUUAAGCAUAUCUACAAGAACUACUUCUCCUCGUCAUCCUUGCAAUAUCUCCAAGAGAAGAGGAAAGCCUCAGUUGAAGAUAGACGUGGCAAGGGAAGAAGACUAUGAUAGUAGUGAACCAGUGAAUCUACUUUCAAAGGAAGCUGAGCUAUUUGAUUGCAUGUUGGAAAGGGGAUCAAUUGAAGACUUAAUUGGUUUAAACGAGUUCGACGGCCAUGAAGGGAUUGAUGCUAAUCUUGGGGAACAACUUACACUUCUUUUAUCUCCUUGCGGAGGCCUAAUUCCGCUGGACGCUGAGUUCAUCAAAGGGCGGUAGGGGUCAUAAGUAGCAAGCUUGAACAUUGCCAUUGUUUAGAUCAUAUAAGAACUGCCAUGCAACAUAAUAAGGGAAAGUUCAACCAAGUUGUCGAUAUUCAGUAUUAAUCUCAAGCUUGAAUUGUUCCCUGAACACAGAAAGAAUCUUUAAGUGUCAUGGUUUGAGGAGGAUGCAGGGAAUGGUACUCAGUUAACUUAGUUCCUCAAAAGCAUUGCUGUAUCUGAAGGGCUAUAAAUUGUAUUCAUAAUAUCGACAAACUUAUGUAAAAUUCUCGGCUAAACGAUGAGAUCGAUCAGUAUUUGGCACCUGCUGAACUAAAAGUAGUGCUCAAAGUGAACUUACCUGUAAUAUUGUGUCCCAAGAGAGUUUGAA